UACUUGUCUAGGGCUACAAAGGUAAAACCAAACUGUUGUCUACUAGUGUUGCCAAAGUCAUAAUUUUACUUGAAAGAAAAGGAAAAUGAAGACGGGACCAUGCCGUGUCGUUAUUUUUCUCUUCCUCGCACGAUGCCAGGGGAGCAAUAACGAUAUCAAAUCUACGCUUCUGGGUCGGAAAAAUGUUGAAGCUGGGACGGAAUUUGAUCAUUUAAAGACGGAGGUGGAAAGAGAGAAAAUCUACGGAGUACCGGAGAAUGUUGAGAGUGUAAAGUUCCAAACUCCGGUACUAUCUGAUGAAGAGGAGAGGUCCCCCCACCUACCAACCUACCUCCACUGUGAUGCAUGUCUAGGAGUAGCGCAUCAAAUCGCGCUUAGUUUAGCUUACGCGCACAGGCAUAUUCCUAUUGAACGUGAUAUACCAGAGUGGGAGGUACAGGAGGCAAUAGAGACUACAUGUCAAUAUGAGAAUUUUGUAACGUAUGGACUGACCGAGGACUCCACAGGGAAGCAUAGAAUACGAGGUCCAGGGGUAGAGGGGAACCAGGACUCAGAUGGAAGAAUAAGUCAGAUGGGAGGUAAGUGGCCAGGUCGUCUAGUGGGGAUGUGCCUGCAGAUAACUGGAAUAUUCAUGGAUUCGGAAAUGGAAAUCUACAGAGCCUUCAAAAUGUCUGACUCCAAAUAUCUUGGUGAUCUUCUAUGCCGGAAUUCAAAGAUCAGUGGCCUGGAUGCUUGUAUGAAAUCAAGUGAACAAGGAAAAAUUGACAGAACGGAAAUAGAAGCUAUGCUUAAAACUUUUGAAUCUAAGGGAAUUUAUCAUGAUGGAGAACUUUGAAGACCCUAGAGAAAUUCAAAAUUAUAUGGACGGAGAAAUUUGAUAAACCGGCCCGCAGAAUUUAUCAUGACUGAGAACUAGCACCGGAUAAGAUAUGAAUAUUUAUAAUUUUUCAAUUGUGGUUUCUCUACAACAAAAGUGACUGCAGUUGUCUAUAUUUUCUAUCUAAAAAGUGAUAAUUUUUCCAUUUGCGGUUUUUUAGUUAUUAGCGGAUAUCUAAUCUACUCGAUCUACAGAAACCGUAGAGAAACUCGUUAGAAUUAAAUUUUUUUUUUAAAAACAGAAACCCACUAAAUCUAGUUUCCUCUAUGUUUCUGAGAUGAAAGUUUUAAUUUUUCUUUUUAAAAAGAGCUUUUCCCAAAAAAAGUAAAAAAUGUUUCACCCUUCUAAUUAAACAAUUUUUUCAAUAAAUGUGCAUGUCGGUGAUCAAAGCUUUGCAAAAGAAUUUCUUUUUAAAUCUUAAAAUUAAGUGAAUUUCUUCAUUUAAUGAAUUCAACAAUAUUUACUAUCAACCUAGAUCUUUCUUUGUGUACAUAUUUAGGUUUGAAAAUAUAUAUUU